AUGCAUAGAUUCACGUUGUUUUUUCGGUUAAAAGCAGCUUGGCAUGCAUUUUCCGAUGACACAUUGGGCGCAAAGUUAUACAAAAAUAUGGAAGCUUAUUUCAAAAAUUCAGAAUUCUGCGACGUGAAAAUCCGAGCAAAAAAUAAUGAAGAAUUUCCAGCUCAUAAAAUUAUUUUAGCUUCCAACAGUUCUGUAUUCAAACAAAUGUUAACAAUAGAUAUGAAAGAAAAAAAAGAAAACUGUAUUAAUCUUCUGGAAUUCGAUGCUGAUGUUGUUAAAGAGUUACUUUACUUUUUAUAUCACGAAAAAUUGGAUAAGGCUGGUGAUAACACUGCUAUUUUAUUGGAAUUAGUAAAAGUUGCUGAUAUGUACUGCAUAUCUGAGUUAAAGCGUGUCUGUGAGUUAUUGCUGAGUUACAAUUUAUCACUUGAUAAUGUUAUCUCAUUAUUGGAAUUAUCCAAAGCUUAUAAAUUACUUAUUUUGAAACAACGAGCUUUGAUUUACAUCGCCAAUAAUGUGAAUUCAUUAUGUUCACAAGAAAUUUAA